GGCUUUGGCUGCCCCUUUCACGAGUCAGGGCCAUGUCCCUCUGCCCCCAGAGGGCUCCUGGUUGGUUAGGGACAUUCAAGAGAGGCCAGCCACUCCAGGAACCUAUUUAAACCUUGCCACGUGACCCUACUAGCACCCCUCCACCUGGGCAACUGCGUAUGGGAGAGGGCUGGGGUAUGGUACCCCCUCUGCCACAUGUCUCAUACCAGUUCUAAUCCGACUAGUCAAGCCAGUCCUCCCCCAGGCGUGCAUAAUGCCUGCCCAGCUAGGACUCUUGGCAUAAUGAAAUGAACCAGGGCAGGGGACUAGAUGGAUCUGCCCUGGGACAGCCGUUGGGAGUUCUCAUGUAAAGGUGCAGGCUAGAGUAUGGAGCUGAGCAUGAAGUGUGCAUGCGUGUGCAUGCAAUGGGGGCAGGGCUCACAAGAGGUCAGUGGGGGCUGCCCCGAAGGCUUCCUGGAAGAGGGAAGUCCUGGCCAGCAGUGAGAGGGAGGCACAGGCUCUACAGACUAGGAGAGGCAGGCUGAAGUGAGGCCCAGGAUGCCACUGGCCACCACUUCCCCCCCUGCCCCCCCCCAUGAUCCUCCCUGCGGCUCCCUGUGGCCAGCAGCUCUGCAGCGCUCGGCUCUGCUCCACUCUGCUCAGCUCCGCUCCGCUCCAGGAAGGCCACCUCCUCCUUGCCCUCCUCCACCCUCUUCCUGCUGUCACCACUCACCGCUCGUAGCCUUGAGGGGGUGGGGACCCCAGGGCUGGACACGCCCCACUGUGGCCCCAGAGCCUAGCUGGUCGGACGGACGCACGGUCGGACGCAGGACCCCGGAGCCCCGAGGUGGGCAGCGUGCCAGGGUCCCUCACAGCCUCCUCAAGCGCCAUCCAGGCUAUGGGCAUCAAGACAGCACUGCCCGCGGCGGAGCUGGGCUUAUACUCCCUGGUGCUGAGUGGGGCUCUGGCCUAUGCUGGUCGGGGCCUCCUUGAAGCUUCUCAAGAUGGGGCCCACAGGAAGGCCUUCCGGGAGUCUGUGCGACCUGGCUGGGAGUACAUUGGCCGGAAGAUGGACGUGGCUGACUUCGAGUGGGUGAUGUGGUUCACCUCCUUCCGCAACAUCAUCGUCUUCGCCCUCUCUGGACAUGUGCUGUUUGCUAAACUCUGCACGAUGGUUGCCCCCCAGCUCCGCUCCUGGAUGUAUGCCGUGUAUGGGGCCCUGGCUGUGCUGGGCACAAUGGGCCCUUGGUACCUGCUGCUGCUGCUUGGCCACUGUGUCAGCCUCUAUGUGGCCUCACUCUUGGGCCAGCCCUGGCUCUGUCUUGGCCUCGGCCUGGCCAGCCUUGCCUCCUUCAAGCUGGAUCCCCUAAUCUCCUGGCAGAGCGGGUUUGUAACAGGCACUUUUGAUCUUCAAGAGGUGCUGUUUCACGGGGGAAGCGGUUUCACGGUGCUGCGUUGUACCAGCUUUGCGCUGGAGAGCUGUGCCCACCCUGACCGCCGCUACUCCCUAGCUGACCUGCUCAAGUACAACUUCUACCUGCCUUUCUUCUUCUUCGGGCCCAUCAUGACCUUUGAUCGCUUCCACGCCCAGAUGAGCCAGGUGGAGCCGGUGAGGCGCGAGGGCGAGCUGUGGCGCAUCCGGACCCAGGCCGGCCUCAGCGUGGCGGCCGUCACGGCCGUGGACGUGGUCUUCCACUUCCUCUACAUCCUCAGCAUCCCCAGUGACCUGAAGUUUGCCAACCGCCUCCCGGACAGUGCCCUCGCUGGCCUAGCCUACUCAAACCUGGUGUACGACUGGGUGAAGGCGGCCGUCCUCUUUGGCGUGGUCAACACCGUGGCGCGCCUUGACCACUUGGACCCGCCCCAGCCUCCCAAGUGCAUCACCAUGCUCUACGUCUUCGCGGAAACGCACUUUGACCGUGGCAUCAACGACUGGCUUUGCAAGUAUGUGUAUGACCACAUUGGUGGGGAGCACUCCAAGGUGAUCCCAGAGCUGGGGGCCACUGUGGCCACAUUUGCCAUCACCACCCUGUGGCUUGGACCUUGUGAUAUUGUUUACCUAUGGUCAUUCCUUAACUGCUUUGGCCUCAACUUUGAGCUCUGGGUGCAGAAGCUGGCAGAAUGGGGGCCUCUAGCACAAAUUGAGGUGAGUGGGGAAGGUCUGGGACAGGGGUUGGCUGGGUCACUGGAGGGGGUGGCACUGCCGUUCUCUGGAAUCUUCCAGCCACACCUGGAGUUGCUGAAGAACCCCCAGUCCAGAACUUUCUCACCACAACUUCCUGGCUGUCAGGACAAUGGCUCCCCCUGCGGGUAUCUAGCACUCCUUUCUGUGGGGUGUGGACACCUGGGCCAGGCUGUGUUGGUCGUCAGGCCCUCCCCUUUCUCUGGUCCUCAGUAUUCCCAUCUUUAACAGUGAGGGAGGGCUGCCCCGGGGGCUCUCAGAGACCCACGCACAUCCCCAGGACCUGGGGUAGCCAUGUAGGCAGGGCCUCUAACCAACCGUGUCCUCUUUCCCCUGGCCCUCUUGCCCCACUGCCAAUGCUUCCCUGGACUGGGCAGGCCUCUCUGUCGGAGCAGAUGUCUCGCAGGGUCCGGGCCCUCUUUGGGGCCGUGAACUUCUGGGCCAUCAUCAUGUACAACCUUGUAAGCCUGAACAGCCUUGAGUUCACAGAGCUGGUUGCCAGGCGCCUGCUAC